AUGUUACAGCUGUCUGUUGCCUACAGAUACUCUUUGCUGUCAGCCACUCCUUGCCCCCCGCACUUCUGGCGGGGGAGUAGGUCCCAUAUUCUCUCUGAGCGGCCUCCCGACCCGCCCGCUUUCCCCUCGACGGGAGAGCACGAAUGGUUAAAGAGAAAGGAAAAAAGAGGGCGUGAGGCUCGAGCGCGCCCGCCAGGCCUCCGGCGCGUCGCGCGCGCCGCCUGCGAGGACCCGCGCGAGCUGCCCGUGACUGUGCCUGUGCUGUUUGAAAGUGCAGAACCCGUUAGGAUCUUGGGAGGAACUACCGUUCCAGCGGGUUCCGGAGCCCGUGCGGCCGGCUGCACGGCGCGUUCGCGCGGCGGCUCUGGCCUCUCGACCCUCUUCACUGUGGAGACGGGAACCGGCGUUUUCGAAGGACGCCCCCUUCUCUCGCGGCGCUGGCGCGGGCGGAGGCUAACACACGGGGGUCCUGAGGCUGAGGAAAACGCGCCAAGUUCCCCUCGGUGGAGGAGCGGGGAGACCCUAGCGGCUCCGGCGCCCCGUGAGCGCGACCGCGGCGUGUGGCGCUCCUGGCCUUCCCGGGCGGGCGGGCGCCGCCGCGGGGAUGUAGUGGGCGCCGGCCCCGGCAGGACCGAGCGGCGGCGGCGGCCCGGUUCCCGCUCCGCGAGCGAACGGAUGGUCACUCCCCCGCGGGGUGGACGAGCCCUGCAGCUUUUCCUGGCGUCGGGGCCCGACGGCUCGGGCCGGGACUCACCUGUCGCUGCCACACGCUUCCCCGGCUGCCCUCGCCGGCGUCGCCGCCGCGGACCUCGCUUGAGGGCCAUGGCCGGUGCAGCAUGUUGUGUAAUGAUGCUACUUCAUCAUGCCCAUUUCUCCUUUAUAUUUACCAGUGAUCAAGUUGUUCCUGCAGCACAGUCCUCACCUAUAAACUGUGAGAAGAGAGAAAACUUGUUACCAUUUGUGGGACUGAAUAAUCUUGGAAAUACUUGUUAUCUUAAUAGUAUACUUCAGGUAUUAUAUUUUUGUCCUGGUUUUAAAUCUGGAGUAAAGCACUUAUUUAAUAUUAUUUCAAGGAAGAAAGAAGCUCUAAAGGAUGAAUCCAAUCAGAAAGAUAAGGAAAAUUGCAAAGAAGAUCCUUUGGCGAGUUACGAACUUAUAUGUAGUUUACAGUCUUUAAUCAUUUCUGUUGAACAGCUUCAAGCUAGUUUUCUCUUAAAUCCAGACAAAUAUACUGAUGAACUUGCUACUCAGCCAAGGCGACUGCUUAACACACUCAGGGAACUCAACCCUAUGUAUGAAGGAUAUCUACAGCAUGAUGCUCAGGAAGUGUUACAGUGUAUUUUGGGAAACAUUCAAGAAACAUGCCAAUUUCUAAAAAAAGAAGAAGUAAACAAUGUGUCAGAGUCUACUAAGGUAGAAGAAAAUUCUCAUCAGAAAGAGGAAAUGUGUGGAAUUAACAACAUAGAGACUGACAGCAUGAGGAAUUCUGAGGACUAUAAUGAAAAAAUCCCAAAAGGAAAUGGGAAAAGAAAAAGUGACAGUGAAUUUGGUAACAUGAAGAAAAAAGUUAAAAUAUCCAAGGAAUGCCAGUCAUUGGAAGAGAACCAGAGACAAACUAGAUCAAAGAGAAAAGCUACUGGUGAUACAUUAGAGAUUCCUCCUAAAAUAAUCCCCAAGUGCGUUUCUGAAAAUGAGAGUACAAGACCCUCACAAAAGAAAUCAAGAGUUAAAAUAAAUUGGUUAAAGUCUGAAACUAAGCAACCCAGCAUUCUUUCUAAAUUCUGUAGUCUGGGAAAAAUAACAAACCAAGGACCAAAAGUACAAUCUAAAGAAAAUGAGUAUGAUCUUGAAGAGGACUUGGGAAAGUAUGAAAGUGAUAACACAACUCAUGGUUAUGGACCUGAACCUUCUGGAAAUGUUCCAUCUGUAAAUGUCAAUGAAGUUAAGCCCAUAAACAAAGGUACAGAACAAAUUGGCUUUGAGCUUGUGGAGAAAUUAUUUCAAGGUCAGUUGGUAUUAAGGACUCGCUGUUUGGAAUGUGAAAGUUUAACAGAAAGAAGAGAAGAUUUCCAGGACAUCAGUGUGCCAGUACAAGAAGAUGAACUUUCCAAAGUAGAGGAGAGUUCUGAAAUUUCUCCAGAGCCAAAAUCAGAAAUGAAGACCUUGAGAUGGGCAAUUUCACAAUUUGCUUCAGUGGAGAGGAUUGUAGGAGAAGAUAAAUAUUUCUGUGAAAAUUGCCAUCAUUAUACUGAAGCAGAGCGAAGUCUUCUGUUUGAUAAAAUGCCUGAAGUUAUAACUAUUCAUCUGAAGUGCUUUGCUGCUAGUGGCUUAGAAUUUGACUGUUAUGGUGGUGGACUUUCCAAGAUCAACACUCCUUUAUUGACACCUCUGAAAUUGUCACUGGAAGAAUGGAGCACAAAGCCAACUAAUGACAGCUAUGGAUUAUUUGCGGUGGUGAUGCAUAGUGGCAUUACAAUUAGUAGUGGGCAUUACACUGCUUCUGUUAAAGUCACUGACCUUAACAGUCUAGAACUAGAUAAGGGGAAUUUUGUGGUUGACCAGAUGUGUGAAAUAGGUAAGCCAGAACCACUGAAUGAGGAGGAAGCAAGGGGUAUGGCUGAAAAUUAUGAUGAUGAAGUGUCGAUUAGAGUCGGUGGAAAUACACAGCCAAGUAAAGUUUUGAACAAAAAAAAUGUGGAAGCUGUUGGACUUCUUGGAGGACAAAAGAGCAAAACAGAUUAUGAGCUAUACAACAAAGCAUCUAAUCCUGAUAAGGUUGCUGGUGCAGCAUUUGCUGAAAAUAAAAAUUCUGAGACUAACAAUACUAAUACUAAUGGGACCCAUGAAUCUGAUAGAAACAAGGAAUCCAAUGACCAAACAGAUGUUAAUAUUAGUGGAUUUGAGAACAAAAUUUCGUAUAUAGUGCAAAGCUUGAAGGAGUAUGAGGGGAAGUGGUUGCUUUUUGAUGAUUCUGAAGUGAAAGUUACAGAAGAGAAGGACUUCCUGAAUUCUCUUUCCCCAUCUACAUCUCCUACAUCUACUCCUUACUUGCUAUUUUAUAAGAAAUUAUAGAGUGUAUUUUCCUUGUGUAUAAAACAGACCUGGACAAACAUUGGUAAAGUUGGUUACAUCAAAGUCUUUAGCUAUCUUUUGAAGCUAUUGAAUAUUGUUGGUCUCUCUAGGUUUUUAUAUAGUGAAAUUUGAAAUACUGAAAACCAUGUUAAUUUUUAGAAUUCAUUUUCCUUAGUAGAGACUAGUGAUGCAUUAGCUUCAGGGAACAGACUUGUAUAGAUUCUUAAUUAUCCAAAAUGGAAGCAUUUGAACACUUUGGGAUUUACACCGUUAUUUUGUGUUUGCUUUUUAAAAGUGCUGUAUUUGUAUUCUCCAUAUUUUGGAGCAGUUACCUACAUGAUGUUUAUAGGUCUGUGGUUUUUCACUCAAACAGAAUCUCAUUCAGUACAUUUAGUUUUAUAAGUCAUGAAGCCAGAUCUUUGAUGGGCUGUAUCAGAGGCACAAAGUCUAGAACAUGUAUAUUCACCAUAAUGUACAUUUUGUGCCUUGAAUCAUUUUGGAAAGUGUCUUGGAAAACCUGGACAGUCCCUCUAUCUUCAUAAGAAUUUAUAUAUGUAUUUAUGAAGAUGAUUCUGUACUCUAAUAAACUUUUUUGGGCAUGGACUAAUUUGUAUCUCUUCAUACUCAUAACUCUGCACGAUCUGUAUAUAGUACAUCAAACUUAGAGGUGUGACCUUAAAUUUAACUUUUUUUUAAAAACUGGGAGGUCAAUAAAAUUUAAACUGCUAACAACUAUGU